AUGCAGAACAGUCACAGCGGAGUGAAUCAGCUUGGUGGUGUCUUUGUCAACGGGCGGCCAUUGCCGACUUCCACCAGGCAGAAGAUCGUAGAGCUAGCUCACAGCGGGGCCCGGCCGUGCGACAUUUCCCGAAUUCUGCAGGUGAUCCUCCCGUGGCUGUCCUACUCGCCGCCCCCACCCUACCCCGCAGCCCUCCACACUUUAAGAGUCCUCUCUUCAUUUCCUACUACCCAUGCAGAUGCAAAAGUCCAAGUGCUGGACAAUGAAAACGUGUCCAACGGGUGUGUGAGUAAAAUUCUGGGCAGGUAUUACGAGACUGGCUCCAUCAGACCCAGGGCAAUCGGAGGGAGUAAACCAAGAGUAGCGACUCCGGAAGUCGUGAGCAAAAUAGCCCAGUAUAAACGGGAGUGCCCGUCCAUCUUCGCUUGGGAAAUCCGAGACAGAUUAUUAUCCGAGGGGGUCUGUACCAACGAUAACAUACCCAGUGUGUCAUCAAUAAACAGAGUCCUUCGCAACCUGGCUAGCGAAAAGCAACAGAUGGGCGCAGACGGCAUGUAUGAUAAACUAAGGAUGUUGAACGGGCAGACCGGAAGCUGGGGCACCCGCCCUGGUUGGUAUCCCGGGACUUCAGUACCAGGGCAACCUACACAAGAUGGCUGCCAGCAACAGGAAGGAGGGGGAGAGAACACCAACUCCAUCAGCUCAAAUGGGGAAGACUCGGACGAGGCUCAAAUACGACUGCAGCUGAAGCGGAAGCUGCAGAGAAACAGAACAUCGUUCACCCAGGAGCAGAUUGAGGCUCUGGAGAAAGAGUUUGAGAGGACCCAUUAUCCAGACGUGUUUGCCCGGGAAAGACUAGCAGCCAAAAUAGAUCUACCUGAAGCAAGAAUACAGGUAUGGUUUUCUAAUCGAAGGGCCAAAUGGAGAAGAGAGGAGAAACUGAGGAACCAGAGAAGACAGGCCAGCAAUACCCCCAGCCACAUCCCCAUCAGCAGCAGUUUCAGUACCAGUGUCUACCAGCCGAUUCCACAGCCCACCACGCCUGUUUCCUCCUUCACAUCAGGCUCCAUGUUGGGCCGAACGGACACCGCCCUCACCAACACGUACAGCGCUCUGCCACCCAUGCCCAGCUUCACUAUGGCAAACAACCUGCCUAUGCAACCCCCAGUCCCCAGCCAGACCUCUUCAUACUCCUGCAUGCUACCCACCAGCCCUUCGGUAAAUGGGCGGAGUUAUGACACCUACACCCCUCCGCACAUGCAAACACACAUGAACAGUCAGCCCAUGGGCACCUCGGGGACCACUUCAACAGGACUCAUUUCCCCUGGAGUGUCAGUUCCUGUCCAAGUUCCCGGAAGUGAACCUGACAUGUCUCAGUAUUGGCCCCGAUUACAGUAA